CGCGAGCGGCACCGGCUGAGGGGAGCGCGGGACGGAGCGGGGGCUGAGCCGGGAGGGGAGGAGCCCGGAGCAGGUGGCAGCCAUGGAGAAGUGGAGCCUGAUGGCGCUGACGGUGCUGCUGGCGCUCACCGUGCGCUGGGCCGUGUCCCUGGGCUCCUACUCAGGGGCAGGAAAACCACCCAUGUAUGGAGACUACGAGGCUCAGAGGCACUGGCAGGAGAUCACCUACAACCUCCCCAUCAGGCAGUGGUACUUCAAUACAAGUGACAACAACCUGCUGUACUGGGGCCUGGAUUACCCACCUCUCACUGCCUAUCACAGUUUUGUGUGUGCCUACAUUGCAAAGUUAAUAAAUCCUGAUUGGGUUGCUCUGCACACAUCUCGGGGCUACGAGAGCCAGCCCCAUAAGUUAUUUAUGCGUACAACAGUGUUUGUUGCUGAUCUGCUGGUUUAUAUCCCUGCAGUUAUUUUAUAUUGUUUUUCCUUGAAAGAAACAUCUGCUAAAAAAAAGGUUUCCAGUGCUCUCUGCAUCCUGCUUUACCCAGGCCUCAUCCUUAUCGACCAUGGGCACUUCCAAUACAACUCAGUGAGCCUUGGCUUGGCCCUGUGGGCUGUCCUUUGUUUGUCCCAUGACUGGGACCUCCUGGGCUCUGUGGCAUUUUGCUUGGCCUUAAAUUAUAAGCAAAUGGAGCUCUACCAUUCCCUGCCCUUUUUUUGCUAUUUACUUGGCAAGUGCUUCAAGAAGGGACUGAAAGGAAAGGGGUUGGUGCUCUUGGCCAAACUGGCAGGGACAGUGCUGGUGUCCUUCGCUGCCUGCUGGCUCCCGUUCGGCACCGACGUGGAACAAAUCAUGCAAGUACUCAGAAGACUCUUUCCCAUUGACAGAGGCUUGUUUGAGGAUAAAGUAGCCAAUAUUUGGUGCAGUCUAAGUGUCCUUAUAAAGAUAAAGAAUGUAAUAUCUCCUCGAACUCAGCUAAAACUCAGUUUUGCUGUAACAUUCCUGAGCCUGCUCCCUGCCUGUAUCAAGCUCACUGUCCAGCCUUCCCUGCGAGGGUUUAAGUUUGCCUUGGUCAGCUGUGCCUUGUCAUUUUUCCUGUUCUCCUUUCAAGUCCAUGAAAAAUCUAUUCUUCUUGUGUCAGUCCCAGUCUGCUUAAUCAUAAAUGAAAUCCCCUUCAUGGCCACGUGGUUUCUACUUGUGUCAACUUUCAGCCUGCUGCCCCUGCUGCUGAAGGAUGAGCUGCUGCUGCCCUACGCCGUCACCACGCCCGCCUUCCUGGCCGUGUGCCUGGCCUCCUUCUCCAUCCUGGAGAAGACCUCAGCUGAGGACCUACAGCUCAAGGCCUUUUUCCUGUCCCUCAAGGGCUAUGUGUCCUGGGUUAAGUCCUUUCCCAGGAUUGUCAGGAGCCUGUUCCUGCUGUCCGUGGCCCUGAUGGGAGCGCUGUCGGCGCUCAGCGCUGCCGUGCCUCCUCCCCCGCGCCUGCCCGACCUCUUCCCCCUGGCCGUGGCCGUGGUGUCCUGCCUGCACUUCCUGCUCUUCCUGCUGUACUUCAAUGUCGUGAUGCUCUGGGACCCCAAGAGUAGAGGGCAGAAGAAAAUCAGUUAAUGGAGCUGGAGCUGCAGGACUGAGGGGGCUCAGUGAGAGUGCCAGCACUGCAGAGGAGCCUGUGGGUGAUGGACACAACCCGAGGAAAGCCAGGAAAAACCUUUUGUUUAUUUAAACGCAAAACAAUCAAAGACUGUUUUAAAGGAGAAAUAUUUUGAAGAGCAUUGGGAAUGGGAUUUGUUUUCUUUGGAAGUGUUAUACUUUUGUUACCAUUUGUAAACCUAAAAUGCUUAAUAAAGGACCAAAUUUUGAAUUAAUGCCAAAA